GAGAUCUGGACGCAGAGGAUGUGAUUUGCAAUUUUGAAAACGAGGGUUUGGUUUCCAGUGCAAAAGCGCGUCUGUAAUGUUUUCGGACAGGCCAAUUCACCGACUCACGAAGUGUUAAAAAAAAUACAUAUAUUUCCGAUUAUAUUUCCGCUGCACAAUGGAACAGUUUGAAGCUCAUCUCACGCGCUCUUGUAGGCGUAAAAGUAGCCGGGGAAAGAGGGCGGAAACGCGCGUAAAGCACCGGCUCAGGUGCGCUAAUCCCUGCAGCCGGAUCAGACAGCAUAUAGGAACAAAUAUUAGAUUAUUGCAAAUUUCCUUUUGACUUUUCUGGGGCGGAGCUACGAUCAUCUGGGCAGCACGUGGACGGUGCGCUUCAGCGCGAGCGAGCGAGCGAGAGAGAGAGAGAGAGGAAGAAAGAAAGAACGGGAGAGAGCGCGCGCGAAGAUGCCGUGGAGAGCAGAGUCGGUGAAUGGCGAGAUGGGCGCAUGGAGCACCUUGUCCUCCGGUGAUACUAAACUAUCCACAGAGUAACUCUUUGUAAUAAUAAUAAUAAUAAUAAUAAUAAUAAUAAUAAUAAUCAUAAUCAUAAUAAUAAUAAUAAAUAUUAUUAUAACAAUAAGGGACUAGUGUGUGUAAGGAUUUCUGCUAGUGAGGAAAAAGCAGAGACGGGAGCGAGAUGAAAGAAACGGACGGACAGAAGAGGAGGAACGCGGUGAGACCGGGAACAGCGCGAUCUCCACGGGACGUCGGGAAUCCCGCGGCGCGCUGCGCUCACGCCUAACCACACUUCCACGAAGGAUUUCUGGAAAAAAAAAUCCAACUGAAGACAAAAUGGAUAACUUGAGUUUCUACAGCGCAAUGGACUACUCCAAUGACACUGGGAAUUGGACCAGUAGCUACACUCUGGCCACUGUUAUCGGACUCGCCGGUUUGGUAAGCUUCCUCAUUUUGUUCACUAUAGUUGGAAAUGUGCUGGUGGUGAUCGCGGUGCUGACGAGCCGAGCGCUCAAGCCACCCCAGAAUCUUUUCCUGGUGUCUUUGGCUACUGCAGAUAUCCUGGUGGCUACCCUUAUCAUGCCUUUCUCUCUGGCAAACGAACUAAUGGGUUACUGGUUCUUUGGGCAAGUCUGGUGUGAUAUCUAUCUCGCUCUGGACGUGCUCUUCUGCACCUCCUCCAUCGUUCACCUGUGUGCCAUCAGCCUAGACAGGUACUGGUCAGUAACGCAGGCAGUGGAGUACAACCUGAAGCGCACGCCACGCCGUGUGAAAGCAAUGAUCGUGGUGGUGUGGCUGAUCUCGGCCGUGAUCUCCUUCCCACCACUCAUCUCCAUGGACCGAAGCAGUGAAGGCGGUAAACGUGAGCCACAGUGUCAGCUCAAUGAUCACACGUGGUACAUCCUGUACUCCAGUAUUGGCUCCUUUUUUGCACCCUGUCUCAUCAUGAUCCUUGUGUAUGUGCGCAUCUAUCAGGUGGCCAAAACACGCACCCGGAGCAUGUCAGAGAAGCGUCAUGAACCACAGGAAGCACCACGCCUUGAAAACAGUCUGAGCAGAGACGACUCAGGCCGGCAGAAUGGGCACUGUGUAUCUCCACCACAGCCUGUUACUAAAAAGCCUCCCGAAGAUGAACCUGAUGCCGAACUGGACGACAGCAGCUCUUCAGAUGAGAAGGCUAAGCGGGCACGUCGCGAGUCAGCAGCAGGCCGGAGAGAACGCCGGGCCAGCCGCAAGAACAGCUCCAGCUCUAAGCACUCAAGCCGAAAGUCCCGUGCCAGCAGCAAGUCCUUGGACCUGUUCUCCUCUCGCAGAAAGCGAAGAAGCACCAUGUCCAGAAAGAAGAUCUCACAAGCUCGUGAGAAGCGCUUCACCUUUGUCCUGGCUGUGGUCAUGGGUGUGUUUGUGGUCUGCUGGUUCCCAUUUUUCUUCAGCUACAGUCUGUACGGAAUCUGCCGAAAACCUUGCGAGAUUCCAGAUGCUCUCUUCAAGUUCUUCUUCUGGAUUGGCUAUUGCAACAGCUCCCUCAACCCUGUCAUCUACACCAUCUUUAACCAGGACUUCCGCAGGGCUUUUCAGAAGAUCCUGUGCAAGCCAUUGAAGAGGUCUUUUUAGAGGAGCAUGAUGGUUGGUGGUCUAAUUGGCACAAAAAAAAACAGCCUCACCUGACAAAAAAGCCAUGGAUGUUUACAUAGAAAUAUACUUGUACUGUAUUUCAGCAGCAGCAGUAUUCAAACACCAACUGUCCCUCUGCAUCAAUGCCUUGACAAUCUUCCUCGAACACAGAUAUUAAUGUUGAUCUGUUUUACUGUCUGAAGCACUAAGCUCUGUCAGGAUGGCAGCUGUGGUCUGUCAAUUCAUACAGUAGCGAGGUCUUAUAAAAAAUAAAAUAAAAAAAACCCGCCCACCUAAAAGCAGCGACACUGUACCUUGUUUUGCGGAAAAACAGACUAAUCUUAAUUACAGCCACAGGCACUUGUGCUGUAGAAAGAGACAUUACCUGAUAUUUAUGAUCAGUUUGCACAUAUGGCUUUCGUCUUUGGGACUAGAGGGCUAUUUAACAUUAAAGGUCAUUUCCUUUUUAAAUAUAGAGAGAUGUAAUAUAAAAAAGCGGAAAUGAAAAACAAAUCAUGGGACUGUGUAUUGUUUGUUUUUCCUUUUUUUUCAGCAGACAAAAUUGAACAUUGGUUACUUAGGGAAUAGAGGAGAUUCAGUCCCUACAGAGGGACAUCACUGAAAGAUAGAUGAGAUAUGUUUUCUCCUGCUAUUACAAGGCACCUCUGGAGGAAACAAACCCCAACAGGGCUUUAAACUGCGUGCCGUUACCUUAAUCCGUCUGCCAACUCAUGUGCUUUUAAUAAACACUGGAUUGCUGCUGAAGCUCGAUACGAUGUGAUGCCAUUCCUGAAAACCGUCCUGAACACAUAUUCGCAUUGUAAAACAGCUAUGUACGAUUGUAUAAAGUAUUUAUAAGAUAACUGUUCUCCAUAAUUUGUUUAAGAAUUUCUGAGCAACUGAUGCCAUUCUGUGCUCAUGCUUGUUAGUUGUAUCAAAUUGUUCUAUGGCACUAUAUAUGAUGACACUGUAUAAUAUACAUUACAAAGGGCAAAGCCAUUUUUAUGGAAUGUUUCUUUACUGUACGUCAUGAAAACCUCUUGCCCUUCCUGGGUGUAAGACUAUGUUUGUGGUUUGUUUGUUUGUUUGUUUUUUCCUGGCUCCGCCUUCUUGUGAUAUAUCUGAAUUGGCCAAACUGGUCACCACAAGCACAUUUGAUGAAUGAAAACAAUUUAAUAAAUAAAUUGUACUUCUACUUACCUCUGUAAA